AUGCGGGAACGCGAAGAACACAGCAAAUGCUCGCGAACGGCACGAACCUUCACAAACAUGUUUGUGGCAUUCGGCGCAGCGCGCGCGGUGCGUUUGGUUCUUUCGGAGUGUUUUGUUGCAAAAUAUGUGAAUAUGAUGAUGAUACUUGGAUUCUGUGAAGAAAAUUGCAAUGAAGCAGCCCGGGUAUACGCAGCAAGAUUCGCUGACAUAACACACCCAUCGCCGGGAGUUCUUAGAAGGAUGAUGGUCAGAGCUAGAGAGACUGGAUCUCUAAUUUCCACGGCAGGUCCUGACCUUGGUCGGCCUCUAGAGAUUGUACCCGAAGCCGAUGAGUUAAUCAUUCAGCUGAUUCAAGAAGAUCCAACAAGAAGUACCAGAGGGAUUGCUCAGGACUGA